AUGCUGGCUGGGACCGCUGCUGGCUGGGACCGCUGCUGGCUGGGACUGCUGCUGGCUGGGAACGCUGCUGGCUGGGACUGCUGCUGGCUGGGACCGCUGCUGGCUGGGACUGCUGCUGGCUGGGACUGCUGCUGGCUGGGACCACUGCUGGCUGGGACUGCUGCUGGCUGGGACUGCUGCUGGCUGGGACUGCUGCUGGCUGGGACUGCUGCUGGCUGGGACUGCUGCUGGGUGGGACCGCUGCUGGCUGGGACUGCUGCUGGCUGCUGGAUGCUGCUGGCUGCUGGACGCUGCUGGCUGCUGCAUGCUGCCGGCUGCUGGACGCUGGCUGGGACCACUGCUGGCUGUUGGCAGGAACCGCUGCUGGCCGCUGGCUGGGACCGCUGCUGGCUGGGACCGCUGCUGGCUGGGACUGCUGCUGGCUGCUGGACGCUGCUGGCUGCUGGACACUGCUGGCUGCUGGACGCUGCCAGCUGCUGGAUGCUGGCUAGAACCGCUGCUGGCUGUUGGCAGGAACCGCUGCUGGGCGCUGGCUGGGACCGCUGCUGGCUGGGACCGCUGCUGGCUGGGACCGCUGCUGGCUGGGACCGCUGCUGGCUGGGACUGCUGCUGGCUGGGACUGCUGCUGGCUGGGACUGCUGCUGGCUGGGACCGCUGCUGGCUGGGACCGCUGCUGGCUGGGACCGCUGCUGGCUGGGACAGCUGCUGGCUGGGACUGCUGCUGGCUGCUGGACGCUGCUGGCUGCUGGACGCUGGCUGGGACCGCUGCUGGCUGUUGGCAGGAGCCGCUGCUGGCCGCUGGCUGGGACCGCUGCUGGCUGGGACCGCUGCUGGCUGCUGGCUGGACCGCUGCAGUGUGGCUGGAACCUGCAAUACACCUAA